UAGGAUCAGAGCCUGAGUGGGAACAGGAGUGGAGCUGGCCUAGCAGAGGAGUGAAGCCCUCCCAGGACCCUCAGGCGACCCCUUGCCAGCACUCCCAGUGCCAGACCUCCAGGGAGGAGAGACCCAGGACACCCAGCCCCAGAUACCCCAGGAGGAAGCUCACUAUGGCUCCAGUCCCCUGGCCAUGCUGACAGCGGCGUGCAGCAAAUUUGGUGGCUCCAGCCCUCUGCGGGACUCAGCGACACUGGGCAAAGCAGGCACAAAGAAGCCAUACUCUCUGGGCAGUGACCUUUCGGCCCCCAAAACCAUGGGCGAUGCCUACCCAGCCCCCUUUUCAAGCACCAAUGGGCUCCUCUCACCUGCAGGCAGUCCUCCAGCACCCACCUCGGGCUAUGCCAAUGACUACCCUCCCUUUUCCCACUCAUUCCCUGGGCCCACGGGCACACAGGACCCUGGGCUACUAGUGCCCAAGGGGCACAGCUCUUCUGACUGCCUGCCCAGUGUCUACACCUCUCUGGACAUGGCACACCCCUAUGGCUCCUGGUACAAGGCAGGCAUCCACGCAGGCAUCUCACCAGGCCCUGGCAAUGCUCCUACUCCUUGGUGGGACAUGCACCCUGGGGGCAACUGGCUAGGUGGCGGGCAGGGCCAGGGUGAUGGGUUGCAAGGGACACUGCCCACGGGCCCUGCUCAGCCUCCACUGAACCCCCAGCUGCCCACCUACCCGUCCGACUUUGCCCCCCUUAAUCCUGCCCCCUACCCAGCUCCCCACCUCCUGCAGCCAGGGCCCCAGCAUGUCUUGCCCCAAGAUGUCUAUAAACCCAAGGCGGUGGGCAACAGCGGGCAGCUGGAGGGGAGUGGUGGAGCCAAACCCCCUCGUGGUGCAGGCACAGGGGGCAGUGCUGGCUACGGGGGCAGCGGAGCAGGGCGCUCCUCCUGCGACUGCCCCAACUGCCAGGAGCUAGAGCGCCUGGGCGCCGCAGCGGCCGGGCUGCGCAAGAAGCCGAUCCACAGCUGCCACAUUCCGGGCUGCGGCAAAGUGUAUGGCAAGGCCUCCCAUCUGAAGGCCCACUUGCGCUGGCACACGGGCGAGAGGCCCUUCGUCUGCAACUGGCUCUUCUGCGGCAAGCGGUUCACCCGUUCGGACGAGCUGGAGCGCCACGUGCGCACUCACACCCGGGAGAAGAAGUUCACCUGCCUGCUCUGCUCCAAGCGCUUUACCCGAAGCGACCACCUGAGCAAACACCAACGCACCCACGGCGAGCCAGGCCCAGGACCCCCACCCAGCGGCCCCAAGGAGCUGGGGGAGGGCCGCAGCGCCGGGGAAGAAGAGGCCACUCAGACGCCCCGACCUCCAGCCUCACCGGCACCCGCAGAAAAAGUCCCUGAAGGCAGCCCAGAGCAGAGCAACCUGCUGGAGAUCUGA